GCUGCGUGUUAUGUAGCUGUACCGAAAUGUCAGUUGCUAACUGAGGGCAUAUCUUCUUGUUAGUUCGCCUUAAUUUUGUAGCUCAUGCGAAAGAGACUGUAAACAGAAACAAUUUGAGGACGCUGUAAUCGGACAGGAAACGGUUUAAUUCAGUAGUAUAAACAAGGAUUGGCGGGGGGGCAAUGCAGAGCUUCACAGCGAUAAGGUCGUUUGUUUUCAAGUAUCCUAAAACUAUUACUGUGGUCACAGUAACAGGUGAGAAGACAGAUGAGGAGACUCCACUCCAACAAGGCUGCAGGCCCUGACGGUGUCCGUCCCGGGGUGCUCAAAGCCUGUGCCCCCCAGCAUUGUGGAGUCCUUCACCACAUCUUCAACCUGAGCCUGAGUCUCCGUAGGGUCCAUGUGCUGUGGAAGACAUUUUGGCUCGUUCCUGUGCCAAAGACGCCACGUCCCAGUGACUCCAAGGACUACAGACCUGUGGCACUGACCUCCCAUGGUCAGCCCUUUUCUGGACCCACAGUUCGCCUACCAGCCCCAACUGGGAGUUGAGGACGCCAUCAUCUUCCUGUUCAACCGCAUCUACGCCCACCUGGACAAGCCAGCGAGCACGGAGUGGGCCUUUUUGGUGUGAAGAAAUGGAUGGCAGGUGGAGUGUGUCACAGCAAAGCCUCGUUGGAUGGAAAGACUGUCUUGAUCACUGGCGGCAACACUGGGAUCGGCAAAGAAACUGCUGUUGAUCUGGCUAGAAGGGGUGCGAGGGUCAUUCUGGCCUGUAGAGACAUGGACAGAGCUAAUAAAGCUGCAGAGGACGUGAGAAAGAGGAGUGGGAAUGAAAAUGUUACUGUUAAGAAGUUGGACUUGGCUUCUCUACGGUCAGUACGACAAUUAGCCAAAGAUGUCCUAGCAAGUGAAGAGAGGCUGGACAUUCUCAUCAAUAAUGCAGGUGUUAUGUGCUGUCCAAAAUGGCAGACUGAAGAUGGCUUUGAAAUGCAGUUUGGCGUGAACCACCUGGGCCACUUCCUUUUAACAAACUGCCUUUUGGAUCUCCUGAAGAAGUCGGCUCCAAGCCGCAUCAUCAAUGUCUCCAGUUUAGCUCAUGAAAGAGGUCAAAUCUAUUUUGAUGACAUACAUCAAGAGAAAGAUUACCACCCUUGGAAAAGCUACGCGCAAAGUAAACUAGCUAAUGUCCUCUUUACAAGGGAGCUGGCUAACAGGCUACAAGGUACCGGAGUAACGACAUACAGCCUCCACCCUGGAAUAAUCCGGACUGAGCUUGGCCGACACUUCUGGCCCACGAUGCCCCUGUGGAAGAGAGUUGUCUAUGCACCACUCAGGUUCCUCAUCAAGUCUCCAAAAGAAGGGGCUCAAACCACCAUCUACUGCGCUGUUAUGGAAAGCUUGCAGAAUGAAAGUGGACUCUACUACAGAUACCAGUGGAUCACCGUUAAAGGCUUCAUUUUCCUUAAAUCUCAACAUAUUUUCUUUUCUGCCGUUGCGUUCGGGAGGUCUCUCAAAAAGGCGACAAUGGAAGACCUCUGGACUGUGCAAAUGUAAUUAGCCCUCAGGCAGGGUGUGCACAGUGUAGGCUGAAAUAAAUAGAUGCAUGUGUCCAAAUACUGCUAGGAGAUCUCCAGUGAACCGAGGUGGCACUGAUUUGCGUCAACGCUGCUGGAAGAAAUCCAGCCUGAAAAGCUGAAAAGAUCUGACCUGGCAAGAUGUGAUAUGACUCUUUCCAAAAAAUGUCUGGUUUUUUUUCACAAGAUGGUGUGGCACUUGUUUUUGGGAACAAAAAUGUAUUUUAAAAAUCACAAAAAUCAAUUACUAUUUCUAUUCUCAUCUUUCUUUGUUUACAGUGACUUUUUAUCUCUUCUCCUGCUCGAGUCAUCAGUGAUCACUAACACACACACUCGCUCAAACUUCCAAAGCUCUAACACAAAACAAAAGUUUGAGCUUUAGCAGAAACGAUUAGUCGAUCAGUGGCUUAGUUGAUCAACAGAGCAUUUAUCAGCAUCUAUUUUGAUAAUCCAUUAAUCAUUUAAGUCAUAUUUCAAGCAAAAAAUAAAGAAAUGAAUACAAAAACAAACUGGUUCCAGCUACUCUGUGUCAAAUAAACAGAAUGUAUUUGGGUCUUGGACUGUUGGUCAGACAAAAUAAUCAAUUCGAAGACAUCAACUGGAGCUCUGGGAAAUUGUGAUGGGCAUUUUCCACCAUUUUCAAACAUUUUACAGAUCAAUUUGCUAAUCAAUUGAUCAAAAAAGUAAUUAAUUAGUUGCAGCCCUACAACAUUUGUCUCUGUCUUUGGAGUAACAGCUACAAUACAUUAAAAUGUUACAUUUAAACAGAAACAGUAUUAUUUUUUCUUCACAAGAAUUACACCCACACAUUGACUUGUCCAAUUCUAUCAGAUUUGGAGUUGUUGUUAUGCACUGCAGGCGGCUGCUGCUCGGCUUCCUUGUGGCUUUGUGGCUUUGAGCCUAACCGAGGCAGACUGAGAGAGGCGUAUUAAUCCCAGGGCUGCAGCUUCACUCUGAAGGCCACAAUCAGGAGGGGAAAAAAAUCACUCACUGUGUGACAUAGACUUCUAAUGUUGAUCAUCUAAAUAUACGGGAUGAAGUGCAGACGUUAAGAUCCAGCAUACUUAAUCCAGCAUUGUUAUUAAUAGGGGCUGACAUUUUCACAGUUCACAGCUCGAUCACUCUGUGCAAGCCUUGGUGAGUCUGCACAUUUGUAUUACAAUGCAUAAAAGCUCACCCAAAUGUCCACAUUUAUUCAUAGCAUUCUGAAAUAAUGAUAAAAGCUAAAGAUAUCCGUCUGCUGCGAAAGAGACCGAGGAGGUUUCUUCUUCCUUGAUUACUGCUGCUCAAAUUAAGCGCAACAAGAAGGUAAUAAAGAUGAAGACGAGGAAAGUAUAAAAGAAUAUUUAAUUUACAGCAUUUUGUCAUCAUUACCAUUAUGAUAAAAACACAUGUUUUGAAAAUGUUUCUUGUACAUGGUCAAUAAAAAAACCCCAGACAAAUGAAUGACAAAUUCACCUAAUGAUCUGUUUCUCAUUAGCAGCAGACUAGAAAGGGCAGCAGUUUAAUAAACAAAUAUAAAUUAGAGAUGCCAAGCUGAUAAUAGUGGCUGGUACAAUUAUAACUUUUUGGUGUGAGAAGGUCAUCACUGGAUUGGCAUGUAAAAUCACCAAGACCAAGCACAAUCGUCUGUAACCAACACACUACACAAGAGAGAUGCUCCAGCAAAAUGGUGUGUACAUGUAGUGUAAAUGUCCAUACAUGCUGGGUAAUAGCUGAAAGGAACGUGACUGCCGUUAAUCUUUGUUUUUCUUAUUGUGAACAAAUCACUUGAAAAGACAACAAUGCAAUAAGUCCUCUCUCAAAAGCUCUCCAUAUUUCAUAGCCCAUUGUUUUCGACAGAAGAUGUAAAUGAUUAAAAACAGUUUGCAAAUGUGAAAAGGUCUCAGUAACUUUCUAAAACAGCUGGGCACUUUAGUUUUUAGCAAACAUUACUAGAGCUGGAGGAAAUAGUACAUUUGUUGGAGACUAUUUCAAGAUGCGGAUUGAUACAUAUUUAGUACUCUAGUGAGUUUUUAGGACAGCAGGAUGGUGUAUGUAAGAUUUACUCAAAAGAAACUACAGUGCCCAGGUUCAUCACAAUGAAGGAACAUGUCGCCAAGGGUGUCAACGGUGUGGCUCAAUGAUGUGCUUUAAAUUUUUGAAAGUUUAUUUACUAUAGACAUCUAUGUCACAGGAAUGAGUUAUAUCAGGCUUUGGCUACACAGACAAUACUUGUUUUUAAGAUCAAUUCAUUGUUAGUUUUGGUCUUUUCACAGGAUUUGUCGACAAUAAUAAAAAUGUAGAAUACCUCUGGCCUUGUCCUUCUGCACUGUCAUCCAGACAGGACAAAAACCAACCAAGCUUUAAGAUGGUUUCAUGCUGGGUCGACGAUUGUGUUGAAGGAGCUGUUGAUGCACUGCAAUAGCUGAGAUGAUAGAGUUUUUAUUGAGGGCACUUGUCAACAGCGGUAUAACCUUGCCCGGGCCUGGUGAGCACUGGGCUAUAGUGUAAGUGAUGGCGCACUGCCAGGAUCUGACCAUUAAGGCUUAUUAGUCCCUAUUGAUAGCCCUGAUGAUAGGCACUCUGAAAGGAGGCAGCCAAGGAAAAGGUCAGCGUAUGGAUCUUAAUUUGACCUCGCUAACCUGUCGCUGAUUGGCAGCAUCAGUCAUCCUUAAAUUUAAUUUAACAGUGAUUCAGCGCUGCGGAGACCAUAUUGGCAAUAACCCGUGCUGGCCGUCUCAUUGCCCCUGUUCUUCCAGAUGAAAUCUGUGACUGCAACCCAUUAUGGCACAACUGUCUCCUGUGCCCAUUUUAUUUAGGCAGUGAAAACAGUUGGACUGGUGUGAGGGCCAUGUACCUGCAGUGGCAACUCCUGUCUGAUUCUCCUAUUAGUUUAUUGCAAUUGCACUUACAGUCAUCACCCAAACCCAAGAACACAGCAGACAUUUUUAAACUUUUUGUAAAGUUGUACUAUGUCAGGUCAAUAUUUUGUUCUUAGGUGUUUUAUUUUAGAUUAAACAGGUUGGUGUAAUUUCCACUAUUAACCAUAAGCCAUUUGCUCAAUUUCAAUAGUCUAAGAGUGUCCAGUAGAGAGUGACAUGGGAGUGUUCAUCCCACUCCCACAAAAAUAUCCUUAACAGAGAAAAAAUUCCUGUCCCGUCUCAGUCCUGAAAGAAUAACUCCUGUUCCAUCCCGAUCACAAAAGAAAAUCUGAAAAUGACCUAUUAAUCCCAUCCUUCCUGCUCCCAUUGACUUUUUUCUAUCCCAUGCAGUUCCUGUGAUGAAUUGUGAAAUUGACUCCCAUCCUGCAGGUGUCCCACAGGAUUCCCGUAAAAAUGUCAGCCUCUAGUCUACAGCCACACUAGCUAAAAUGUCUGUGUCUUUGACAGUCUUGUUUCUGUGUCAUUAUUUCUAGUUUCAGUAUCAUUGUAUGUGUUGAGAAAUAUCGUGAGCCAGCUGUCAGUCUCUACCUAAUCAGUCUUUUGUUGUCAUCUUGACCAGGACAAGUACAUGUGAGAAAUACCUGAAGUCAUAAAUGUCAGAUAAACACUUAGGGGUCAGCUAAACUACUCUAAGCUAUACCUGUCUUACCUUUCCCUGUUACACAACUAAGACACCUAAGAAAUAUUCUUAACAGUAUGUGCCUUUUAUUUUUCCAGUGGAAAUGUGUCCGUCUGGAAUUUAGAUUAGUAUGAUGUUUCUUGGCUUCAUCUUGUUUUUAUGUACUAACUGAUGUAAAUAUAUUUGGUGGUUUGUUUGAUAAUAAAAGAUUUAUUUCAAAGCGGCUUUGUGUGGCUGUAGGCCGUCUUACAGGCACAGAACUUUACUUUAGCAUACUAGCAUGCUUACAGUGGUAAUAGCUAAGGUUGAUGAGGAUGUCAUUAGUUUUGCACGUAUUUGGUUAGAAAUCAAAGGUCUAAAUGGUGCAGAGGAGGUCAUGUGGUCUUAUCUGUUUGGAGGCACGUGGCAGUUGCUCAUCAUCCUCCUUGAUCUAUAUUCUUCAUAUAUGUUUACAAUAAUAAUUAAUUUACAAUCUAUUUGUGUCAUCCUGAGCGUCUGUCCAUCCUUGAAGAGGCAUCCCUCCUCUGUUGUUCUUCCAAAAGGUUCUUUCUAGGAUCUAAGGACACAGGUUAUCAUUUGUUGUACAGACUGUAAAUCCCCUUGAGGUAAAUUUGUGAUAUGUGAUAUCGGACUAUGUAAAUAAAAUUGACUUGACUUGACUAUUGUGCAAAUAAAAAAUUUGAGCUGA